CGCGCCCCGUCCGUUCUGCUCGCUUGCUUGGGUGGGCUUUUCGUUGCUCCGUUCCGUUUUGACAACACCAUUCAAUCUCCGUCUGCGGUCGCAAAUCGUCGUCGUCGUCGCGAUUCUCCGGUCCCUGCACCCGUUUUCUGUUCCGGUGGGGAGUGCAAGAUUGUGCCGUUCCAGUGCUUUCGAUUGUGGGAAGGUGGAAAACAACGAGCACCUUUUUGUUGCGUGAAAACUCCGCUGGGAUUACUUCCGGGCGUCGCUUCAGCGGUCCGGUUCAGGGCCCCAAGCCGGAAUGAUGCAGCAGCAGUGAAAUCGAAUUUGUCUGUCGUCGUCGCCGUGAGUGGCAAAAAUGGCAACAAGGAAAAAAUAAGUUUCUCUCUCAGACGACUUUAAGAGGAGAGCUUUUCGACGGUGGGGAGCUUUUUUUUUCGGUGGUGUUAUUUAUUAUUGUGCAAAAAACAAGGAAAAAACCUCACGAGAAAAUUGAAAUUGUGAUUUUCCAGUGCCGACUGCGAUUGCAGAAGUUGCGCAAAAACGUGUAAAGAAGAAGGAAAAACCUGACCUCGGAGGAAAAGCCCUUUUUUCUGGAUACACGCAGAAGAUUGUGCGGCCAUCUUCCCUGCUGCGUAUACGUGUGCAGUGGGCCACGGUGCACGUGUGUGCGUGAUUGUGUCUGUGUGCGUACGCGCACGCCGUGUUGUUGUGAUUGUGUACGGUGCGCCUUUCAGUUUGGGUGGAAAUUUUAUUCGUGGAAAACCUCAAAGUAGGCCACCCUUGAAAGGGUCACUAAAGGAAUAAAGAAAAAAAAAAAAAAAAAGUAAACAACAAACCUCCAAGUAAAAAGCGGGCUGAAAUUGGAUAACCGCCGGGUGUAACACACGCAGCUUCGGAAUGUCCUCCUCGACGGCGGCGUCCGGUUCGGCGGGUGGUGGUCCGGUUUUGCCGGGGGCCACCCCAAUGGAGACGGACGAUCUGGCGGAUACGAUGAACGACUUCCUGCCGCUGCUGCCGGAGAACAUCAAGCAGGAACUGUUUGAGAGCUCGGCGGACAAGGCGGCCAGCGCCAGUGGCAGCAGCGGGGCCGGCUCGUCCAGUUCGGCCGCCGUGUGUGACAGUGCGGAGAAUAAGGGUGACGCCCCGGAGACAAAUGCCACCACGGAAAGUCCGGUGCCGACCAAGUGCGUCUGGUGCCAGCAGCUGCUCACCCCGUCGGACCACCCCAAGCUGCUCGAGUGUUUGCACGUGGCCUGCGACGCCUGCCAGAAGCUCAAGUUCGCCGACCUGCCCCACAACGCGGCGCUGCUGUACUGUCCGGUGUGCAAGAUGGAGUCCCGGCAGGAGUUUAUCAUCAACAACGUGUUCCUGGAGGAGAACAGCGCCGACGACAACCCGGGCAGCGUCGAGUCCACCAAGGACAUGAUCAAGUGCAGCAGCUGCAGCGACGACGCGAUCGCGACCUCCUGGUGCGUCGAGUGCGCCGAAUUCAUCUGUGAUAGCUGCGUGCAGGCGCACCAGCGGCUCAAGAUCACCAAGGAGCACACGAUCAAGCCGAAGGAGGCGGCCACGAGCGAAGCGCCCGGCAGUAGUGGCCUGCCCGGCAAGAGCAUCAUGUGUCACAUCCACUCGCAGGAAAAACUGUCCCUCUACUGCGAAACGUGCGACCGGCUGACGUGCCGCGACUGCCAGCUCGUCGACCACCGGGACCACAAGUACAAGUUCGCGAACGAGAUCGCGAGCGAAACGCGCAACGCGCUGCAGGCCCUGCUCAGCGAGAUCAGCUACAAGAAGGUGCUGCUGUCGAGCGCGAUGAAGGUGAUCGACGACCGGCAGGCGCUGAUUACCGAGAAGAAGAAGGAACUGUCCAAAGAGAUCGCCGACCUGGUGGUGAAGCUGACGAACGCGGUUAAUAUGCGGGGCAAGCAGCUGGUCUACCGGUUGAAUCAGGUUUGUGACACAAAACUGCAGGUGUUGAACGAGAAGAAGGACGCGCUGCAGUUGCUGUCCGGCCACACGGAUCACUGCAUCGAGUUUGUGCAGUGCGCGCUGGACAAGGGCAGCGAUAGUGCGGUGUUGUACAGCAAGAAGACGCUGGCGAGGCACCUGCAGAAGGUCAAGUGCCAGCGGGCGGAUAUUCCGAACCCGGAGAUACCGGUGCGGGUGCAGCUGUUUCUGUCGAACGUGCCCGAGCUGCAAAAUGUCAUUGCCCGCAUCGGUACCAUUCUGGUGGACGGCAAGGUCUACCCGCCGCCGCCAGGUCCAGCAGGCAAUGGUGGCGGUGGUGCUGGUGGUCCGCCACCCGGUCCGGGUCCCGUCCAGAACCGCUCUAAGCAGCCCAGUCCAAACAUCACACCUCCGCUGAGGCCAGGAAUGCCGGGCGGCCCCGGCAUGACUUCGAACAACGCCAACGGUCCCGGUGGCUUCCCGAACGUACCUCCAAUGUACAACGGAAACGGCGGCGUCGCCGGUCCCUUCCCGCCAAACCACCCAAUGGGACGGUCCUUCCAGCAGGAAAACGGUCCCGGCGGUAACUUUGGCCGGUUUCCGAUGGGACCUCCGCACGGAAUGCCUCCUCAGCAGCACGUCAGCUCCUCGACACAUCCUCAGAAUAUGGAUUUACGUAACCUUUUGAGCCAUCAAAAGUCAUCCGGACCGAGUCGCGGCUCGCCCAACGGUCCCAGUUCGGCCAGCAAUGCUAAUGUUAACAAUCAAUUUAACACAGCUAACUUUAUGGGCAACGUGCCGCCCGGUUCCGGCGGUCCGUCGCCGCACCGAAUGGGCGGCCAGAUGGGCGGAGCGCCACCCGGCUACAUGGGCGGCCCGGGCGGUCAUCAGAACUUUCCCCAGGGCCAACCGGGCGGUCCGAACAGCAACGGAAUGGGCAUGGGCGGCAACCAGGCCCGGUUCCAGAACUUCCAAAGAUUCGCGAUGCCUCCGGCCGCCAUGCGACACAUGAUGGGAAAUAAUACCUCCACUCUUCUCACGCCAAAGCAGCAGGCAGCGAUGCGGUUUCCCGGCCAGCAAACCCCGCCCGGCUUCAACCCAAACUCCCCCCAGCCUGGCCAGAUGCAGCCCCAACACCCUAGCGGGAGCGGCGGUGGAGGUGGAGGUGGUGGCGGCGGCGGUGCUAAGUGGCACAUUCCCCAGAACAUGCAGGGCCAGCAGAACAACGGAUUCGGCAGCCCGUCCGGUCUACACCUGUUCGGAAACGGUCCCAACGAGUCGUUCAAGAUCCCGCUGAAAUCGCCGGACACGAUGCGAAACUCGCUGCUCAUGAACGGCGGUGGUGGCGGUAGUGGAUCUUCCCCCGGUGCCAGUGCCCUCAGCCAAAUGCAGCAUCACCUCCAGCAACAGCAUCAGCAGCAGCAGCAGCAACAACAACAGCAACAGCAAGCCCAGCAACUCCAGCAGCAGCAGCUCCAGCAGAAUCAUCACCUGCAACAGCUCGCGAAUGCCCUGCCCAACGUGAGCUCCACCAACCCGAAGACCCCUUCGCCAAGCACGAAUGAGCCCGGCAAAGAGUUCGUCGAGUCGAUCGACAAAACCUGCGAGGACUCGGUCAACGAUCUGAUGGCCACCAUUGCCAAGCUGGACUCAAACGGCGUCCAGGUGCUGCCCGAGGGUCACCGGGGCAAAACAACCUCCCCCCAGGUGCACAGCUCCACCGACCUAACCUCCAGCAGCAGCACCACCAGCAGUCAGCACGCGUCCGCUCUGGCGGCACUGGCGGCGGUGGGCGGUGCCGGCGGUCCCGGCAGCGUACUCGUCGACGAGAAAAACAUCCCCAAAGAGCUGGACCCAAACGAGGACUGGUGCGCCGUCUGCAUGGACGGCGGCGAGCUGAUGUGCUGUGAUAAGUGUCCGAAAGUGUUCCACCAGACGUGUCACAUACCGGUGAUCGACUCGCUGCCCGACGAGAGCGAAACCUGGCAGUGUUUGCUGUGCUACAACUUUGCCGACCUGCCACCGGAACCCCUCGGCGAAAAGCGCAACGUCGGCAUCUCGCCGCUCGAGCUGAAGAUCCUGCAGCGGAUCGUGCUGGAGCUGUUCUGCCAGUACGAAACGAGCAUGCCGUUCCGGCACCUGGAACCGGACACCAACAAGGCGUACUACGACAUUGUGUGCAACCCCAUCUCGUUGAUCAUGAUUCGUGACAAGCUGGAAAUGAGCAACAGUGACCAUUACGUCGAUAUUCCCUCGUUCAUCAGUGACGUGAAGCGGUUGUUUAACAACGUGUACCUCUUCUACCAGAGCUGUCAACACAGUGAUAAAAUGGAGGACAGCCCCACCUUCAAGAACGCCCAAAAGCUGGAGAAGUUCUUCGAGCAGCAGCUGGCCAAGUGGCUGCCCAAGUACCUCGAGGGGGACAGCUUCGACGAGUACCUGCAGCUGCCGGCCAAGCGCAUCAAGAGCCUCCAGGAGGAUUAACAGUCGGUGCGGCCGGACGGCAAGUCGGGUGACGCGCAGCCAGCAGCAGCAGCAGCUUCCUCCGCCGACGACGGUCGGGGGCGACAACCCGAAGACGGGAGGCCUCCCUCCGGGGAGAGCGAAGCGGACGCGCAAGCUGCGGAUGGAGGUGGACUGGACGCGGCUGCCGCUGCUGCUGCCACCGUUGAGAAGGAGGCGAAGGAGGAGGUGGAAGCGCCCGACGGAGAAAGUGGUUAAGCGGAAGGUGGGUUGAAAUCUUGUACAUUAUUUUUGAAUAGUGACGAACAAAAGUGCGUGUUUGCGAAGGAAAGGAAUGAGUUUUGAUACGAAAUUAAAGUUAAGCAUGAAUCAAAAGGACAUGAAUUGGGUUGACGAAGAA